GAGAUAAAGUGUGCAGCAGGGGAGUGCCAUAGGCUGUGAUAGCUUCACCUUGCUGUUACUGAUAACUGCAUGCAGUCAACCAGUAUUUAGGGUGGGAGGUCUCUGGGGCUGGGGAAAACAUUGUGAAAUGCUGUGUCUAUCUGAUCUGGGGCAAAAUGGACUGUUGCCCCCCAGCCUGGUAGUGUCUGCCUGGUGCUGACACUGAGAAAUUUCCACUGGGACUGGCAUCACUGCUGUUGGGCACUCCACAUGAUGAUGGAAGAUGCAGAGGAAGUUAUUGGCUUCCUGGAUAAAGUGCUUCUGGAUGCAGACGCCUUGUCCCUGAAUGAGCUUGAAUGGGAUGGAGCAAAGAUUCCAGAGGCUGGGCCCUCCAAUCCCGAGUUAGUAAAGAGUGAGGUGGACCCAGAGAAGAGGUUGGAGAUGAGGAAUUUUGUACUGUCUGGGAUCCUGGCAAGUGAGGAAAUCUACUUGAAUCAGCUGGAGGCCCUACUCCUGCCACUGAGGCCACUAAAAGCUGCUGCUACCACCUCACAGCCAGUUCUGACCAAUCAGCAAAUUGAGACCAUCUUCUACAAGGUGCAGGAAAUCCAUCAAAUUCAUCGGGAAUUCUGUGACAGCCUGUGUCCCAAAAUCGAGAACUGGGAUUCCCAGCAUUCUGUGGGACACCUCUUCCAGAAGCUGGCUGAAGGUCUUGGGGUGUACCAGGCGUUCGUGGGGAAUUAUAAACUUGCUGUGGAGACGGUUGAGAGAUGUAGUUUGGCUAACAACAAUUUCAGGAAGAUCUCGGAGAAUCUGAAAGUGAAAAGCCCCAAGGAUUCUAAGGAAUGUUCCACCUCUGUCACAUUGGAAGCUCUGCUCUACAAGCCAAUCGACCGAGUGACUCGAAGCACCCUGGUGCUGCAUGGGAGAGGGCUGCUAUCAUCACCCAGCCUACAUGUGACUCCAGACACACAGCGAUCCUCCCCUUGCUUUGUGGUUUGUUUCGUUGAUUGUUUCAUUUCUCUGUCGCAGAGUUUCUUGUUUCUGCUGUCUUCAGAUUACGAACGCAGUGAGUGGCGAGAGGCGAUUGAGAGACUCCAGAAAAAAGAGCUGCAGGGUUUUGUGCUCAGUUCCCUGGAGUUACAGAUGCUGACCGGUGCGUGUGUGAAACUGAGGACCGUCCACAAUAUUCCUGUCACCAGCAAUAAAGAGGAUGAUGAGCCAAGUGGUCUGAAUGGUUUUCUCCAUGUCAUCGUCGGCUCAGCGAAGGGCUUUGAUACCCCAGCCAGUUUAUACUGUACACUUGAAGUCGAUUCCUUUGGCUAUUUUGUCAGUAAAGCGAAGACCAGAGUUUUCAGGGACACAACAGAGCCACACUGGAACGAGGAGUUUGAGAUUGAGUUGGAAGGUUCCCAGACAUUGCGGAUCCUUUGUUACGAGAAGUUGUACGACAAAAUCAAACUGAAUAAAGACGACAAUGAAAUUGUGGAUAAAAUCAUGGGCAAGGGGCAGAUACAG